UCCCCCAACAACCUCCACAGCAACUAUCAAGGUGCUAGAUCCAGCUAGCUGCCUAGCGAGCUAGACGGCCUAUAAGGCCCGUGCAGCAGCGAAGCUACUGCUAUCCCUACCUGUGACGUGCAGUCAUGAGCGCCGAGCUACUCGAGAGGAGGAGAAGUUGCAGUCCCCAUACACUGCACACGUCUCCUGGCAAGACCCGGCCAAUCCUCCACUCGUCCUUUACUGCCCUUGAGAUAGAGGAGGUGGUGUUCACGUGUACACAGAGCCCCGCUGAUAAUCACACGAACCUCUUCACUCCUCAAGCAUGUCAUCACACGCUCAUCACUCGCCGUGGCAACACAAUAGUCCUGCAGGUACUCACCUCCGCUCCAGUAUCAGCACCGUAUGUCGUAUCAUUGACCUUUGUACCCUAUCAUCGUCCGAGGGAAAGAUUUGCCCAGUUCCGUGCAAGGGGCGUGGCUAAGGACAGUCGAGAGCUCUGGUUGAGUAUAGGAUUACCCAGCAACUUCCCAGUGGGACGGUACCACACGUCAGUGUCUGUGUGUGUGAAGGGAGAUACGUUAACACAUUAUAGCAAGCAAUCCAUCGCUGUACUCUUUGACCCCUGGAAUCAAGAGGACGAGUGUUAUGUACCAGAGGGAGUGGAUGAUUACGUGUUGUCUGAUGUUGGGGACAUUCUUAGAGGGACUGCUCUCAACAAAACACCUCUUAAAUGGGAGUAUGGGCAGUUUGAGGACCAUGUGUUGGAUGUGGCCUUGUAUCUCAUCAGCUCUCUAUCUGCUCAAGAGUGCCGCAGCUCAGUGGGUGUGGCUAGGGGUGUGGUUUCACGGAUAGUCACACGAGACCAUACAGGGGUCCUACUAAAGGGGGGAGGGGCAACGGGAGCCACCCAUCCUUGUCGCUGGAAUGGAUCAACUGUCAUACUGCAGAAGUACCACAGAACAAAAACUCCAGUCCGGUAUGGACAGUGUUGGGUGUUUGCUGGAGUGGCUGUUAGUCUAUUCAGAGCUCUGGGUAUAGCAACCCGACCUGUGACCUGCUUCAAUGCUGCCCACUAUACCGCACACCCUGGAGUGGUGGAGAGACCCUUCACUAGGCAGGGGGAGUUAGCACAAGACCUCAACACUGAUCAGAUAUGGUUGUACCAUGUGUGGGUGGAGGGAUGGAUGACCAGACGUGAUCUUAGCCCUGACUACAAUGGUUGGCAAGUGCUGGAUCCAACACCACAAGACAAGCAGAGUGGGCACUAUAGGAUAGGUCCUGUCCCGGUGCAAGCUGUCAAGCACAAGAAGAGUUUCCCGAAGAGAGGGUUUGGUUGUGAGUAUGUUAUAUCGGAGGUUGCCGCGGUAACCAAGUACCUGCGUAUUGGACCAAGACUCACUAAGACGCUAGCUCAUGUAUCCAAGGACGAGGUUGCCACAGAGAUUGUCACCAUGGGAACAGACAAGACUGGUGCUGCAAUGCUAUUGGACAUCAGCAAUAACUACCGAGAGCCUCCCACGCGUCCACACCCCCACCCAUCACACUUUCCCCCUCAGAGCCGUGACUGCUCAUUUAGUGUGUCUUGUGAGUCUGUGAGGCUAGGAGAGAGCGUAACCUUGGUAACCAGUAUUGCUAACAACGGAGCUCUCCAGCGUACAGUGGAUGGACGUGUGGUCUGUCAUGUGGUGGACUAUACUGGUCAUGUGAUGAGGAGGUUUGCUAGCAUGACCUUCACUGGAGUAGUGGCUCCAGGACAGAGUGCUUGUGUUAGCCUCCCACUGGCCAGCAAGCAGUAUCAAGGACUGCUGGCUGAACAAGCAAUGAUGCUCUUCUUUGUGGCUGUUAAAGUACGAGAGAAUCAGCAACUCUACCUCAAGACCCAGCCCUACCAGCUCACACUACCCAGUAUAGCAGUGGAGGCCCCAGACUGUGUACUAGUAGGAGGCAGUCUGAGAGUCAGGCUAGUGUUCAGGAACAUCCUACCAUCGUCACUAACUAGAGUGCUGUUCCUGGUCCAGGCAGGAAGACUGCUACCACAGAGAGAGCUCUCUUCAAAGCGACUUGUUCUCCCUGGAGAGCUGGUGAGUGUCGAGCUGUCUCUACCCGUGGUGGCCUGUCCUCCAGGACACUACACGCUCACAGCCAGCAUGCAUUCUGACAAGCUCACAGAUAUACAUGGGCACACAACUUUGUUAGUAACAGAACCAGCAGACUAGCUAUAUAUCAUUCCCCGUACGUAGCUCUUUUUAUGUACAUGUUUUGUGAUCAACUCAGUUCCUCAUAGCUAUGGUGUACAUUGUAACAUUAUCAAACAAA